UUUGGCAUCUCUGCCUCGUCGUGUCAACUGGAUUUCCCACACAGUACAUCCACGCGCCAUAGUUUCUGAGUGCAAAACCUACUGAGCUGGAAGCGGAUCCGAAAUUGUGUCUUAUCUGUCAAUGUGUUUUUUUGUUUUGCUUUGCUUUUGCACCAGAGACACCCCCCUCAAUCAAACAGCUCCCUCGCCAGGUCUCCCCGGGAUCCGCGUUUUGCAUCGCUCUUCUAUUUGCAUCUCUCCCUCACAUUUUCCGUGCCAGCGACUCCGUGCAGUGGGCGCAACCACCGCGAUUCUCCAUCACCAAACCAACACGCUUCUCUUUUUUAGACAACCAUCAACGGAGAGCGGAGAGAAAAGGAAUAAGGUUUUUUUUUUUAAUAAUGUUGCCCAAGCUGCACGAUUGGAUGAUAUAAGGACAUUUCCAGUGUUUUAUUCCUGAGACACACACGUGUGUUGUGGGUAAACAACAUAAGACUCGAUCGUGCCUGCGUCGUGUGUGUCGUUUAUUUUUUUUCUCUUUUUGUUUUUUGUUGUUGUUGUUCACGCGAUCGGCGAGGAGCUUCAAGCUUUGCGCGCCUCGUGUUUUGCUCCAAGACGCAUCUGAAAAUGUCGGAAGUGCUGCCUUUCAACGAAGAAAAAGUCAGUCAUUAUGGGAACGAGGGCGACGAGGAACACCUUUCCUUCACCUGUCGCCUUCAAGACACCAACAACUUCUUCAACGGUUCGCAGAAUAAACGUCCGCCCAAGCUGGGACAAAUAGGCCGCAGCAAACGGGUGGUGAUCGAGGAUGAGGCCGGCAAUGACGAUGCACUGAAAAAUGGUACAGAGAAGACCCCGGCGGACGCGUAGAAAUGCCCCCUCCCUAAAGACACUCUUGAAUUUGUUUUUUUUUGUUUUUUAAAAUGAUGAUAUUUACCCGUUGUAAUCCAAAGACAUUGUAUAUAAGCACUUUGUUUCAUGUGGCAGCAAGCAGCACUUCCACACACCCUCCUCUCCAUGGCAGUCACGGCCAUAUGGGAGAUGCACACACAGCGGCAGCAAAGAGACCCCCAGGUGGACCCCCCCCACCACCAGCACACACACCCUAGAAGAAGGGGUUUUGCCAUAAAUCGAAAAGCUGGAGAAGGAUGGAGAAGGGGGUGGGGCUUCAGAUGGGCGAAGGAGAGAAAUCAGGGAGAGGAUGCAAAAAUUAAUAUUAAAUAGAAACAAAAGCACAUAUUUCUGCUAUAACGGUCAAAAUUAUAUAUAUAUAUAUCAGUGUAUACAUUUGUAUAUAGGAAUACAUUUUCUUGCACAAGUUUGGUAUCUAUUUCUCUUUGUUUUGGGGGAAACAAUGUGUUGCAGUGAAUCUUUGUUGUUUAUGUAUGUUGAGGAUUUUCUUUUGCCCAAUUUGAUUCUCGAUGUUGCCUGUUUUUUUUUUGUUACCUUUUGCAGCUGACAUUUAUUUAGUUAUUUAUUUAUGACGUACCUUCCACCUAUGCGUGUGAGCUUCCGGGCUUUCACCUUGAUUGGUUGAUAUGACUGUACUGUUGCUAAACUAUUUAUAUUGCAUUGUGCAUCAUUUUGUGUGUGCCAAACCUGAGGUGAAUACUGUGCUGCACCGGACAAGUCGUUCUUUUUUUUUUGUGCUUUUACAUUGACUUCUAAAAGUUAUUUGUUGUUGUUUUUUUUAGGGCUAACGCUUAAAAUACCAACUCAUGCAUGGCGACGUUAAAAUCAUGCAUGCACAGCAGCAGAGCUUCUGAAACUUGUGUGUAUUCUUGAAGCACCUCGUGAAACAGCUUUGAAUGACAAACCUCAAGCAGCAGUCUUAAUACUGUACUGUAUCGUUCACUCUUAUUUGUACAGUGGCCUCAUAUCUUGUAAUAAAGGCGAUAACAAACUAUUUACUGUUUCAGGAAUGACGAGGUGGAUUUUUGUUUUGUUUUGUAAUGUUUACAAGUGUAGCAAAAACACAAAAGUCUAGUUUUAUAUGACGAGGGUUGGACUUGGCAGACUUUUCAGAUGUGUUGUGUACAGUUGAUACUAGAUUGUUUAUCUGGCUGCCAAGGACGGUUAAAUCGGCGUUUUCCACUGUGAGAAAGUAGCGUCCCAUUCAUCUGAACGAUUGGAAGGAAUCGGGAAUGGGAUACAAAUGAACAAACAAUAAAAAAACUAAAAAC